CCGAAUAUAUGCGCGUUUUCUUUUCGCCCUGAAGACAUUCUAGGUGGCCUUCAGAAGUCUUGCAUGGACUGCCUUCAUGGAGAAAGUUGUCAAUACGGUCUGCAGUGCGCUUGGGGUGGACGUUAACGUCAGCAAGCCGCGGUGCGAACUCUACAAGUUACUUCUCUACGAGACGGGCUCGCACUUUUUGUCGCACGUUGGCAUUGAAAAGGUCAACGGCAUGUUCGCAACAAUUGUUGUCGUCCUCCCGUCUCCUUUCACAGGCGGCGCCGCACACCUGUCGCAUGGCGGCAUGUCGACCUACACCGACGUCACGCACGAGAUCAAACCUAUCACCUCGGGCUUCCGCCUCGCACUCUCGUACAAUCCUGUGCACAUGACCCAGGCGUUGCGCCCUGCUCUCUCGACCAACGCAUGGAUUGUGGACGAACUUCGCCGCCUGUGCCGCCUGCGGAACGCCGACGAGGGUACAUACGCGCCUGAGAAGCUCGUGUACCUGCUAGAUCACAAGUACUCGCGUGCAAACCUGAAUGCGGGCGCGCUCAAGGGUGCAGACGCGCACCGCGUCGCACUCCUCGCAGACCUCGCGCGAGAGUACGGUAUCGGCCUCGGGCUCGCGCACGCUGUGUGCCACCUUGUAGGGUCGAUCGAGAGCGGCGAUCUCGGGUACGACUUCCCGCCGUCGGACGGGUACUACCAACCGUGGCGCUAUGCAGACCGGUCGCGCGGGCGGCGGAGGGCCGUGUGCUACGAGUUCGAAGAGAUCGAAGGCCGCGAGAUGACGAUUGAGCACUUCGUUGACCUCGAUGGGAUGCUUGUUGCCAAAGAGCUCGAGUAUGACGAUAACGAGACGCUCCCGGAGGAUCUCACUGAGGAUGUGGAGCGACUACAGAAUUGUGACAGGGAAAAGUAUCAGGGAUACCAGGGCAAUUAUGUGAGCUCUCUCGAACGCUGGUAUCAUCGCUCCGUACUUAUGAUCUACCCAGGCUGGAGCACAUUCUCGCUGCUCUACAGCGGCGAGGGCGGGCUUCUCCGCGCAUGCACCAAACUCGAAUCCACUCGCACCUCUCCGCCAACUAAAUUCGACCAUAGUUUUGCAGAAGAAGUCUUGUUAUCAUCGGAGCUUCCACGCCACGCAUCGCGUGUCGCGUCUGCCGUGUGCCACGCCGGGCUCUCCUGGAACGACGCUGCACUCCGGACGCUCGCUAUCAAGCGCUGCUGUCCGUAUGCGGGGCUGGCGACGUUGCCGGAUGACGGGAUGCUCGCAGGACUGAUGCGGGUUGGAUGGCCUGCUGUAUGCCCAAGUUCCGAGACGAUGCUGUAUCAUGAGAAGCGCCACGCCUCACGCCUCGGUCUUCUGGCCCGGUUCACAUUGUGGGCUGAAACACAGCCUCUCGAAAUGACCCAAGCAAUGAGGUCCUGGGCUCAGUCCCGCAUCCAGCCUUCAGGAUCCUCUGUUGAUUCUGAGGCCGGUCACGGUCUCACUGGCCCGCCCGCAAAGCGGAGGAAAACGACGGUGUAA